AUGUACUUCAACGAUUCGCAAGAACCGGAUUCCGAGCUCGCCGACGAAGUUGAAUCCGACGAAGAAGGAGGAGAAGUUGCAGAGGAUUCGUCGCCGCCGCGCUCCUGCUCGCGCGGCCACCGGCCGUCGCUCAACCUCCGGACGCGGCAGGGCGGCGGCAUCUGCCUCCUCUGCCUCUCCAACCUCCUCGCCGCCGCCCCUCCGGCGCCCACCGUCCACGUCUCCUACGCCCUCUCCCAGCUCUCCCGCGCCCUCUCGGACCCUCCCUUCCUCCGGUCCCUCCUCGCCUUCCACGCCCGCCUCCUCGUCUCCCCUCUCGUCCGCGCGCUCUCGGCCUCCGACGACGAGCCGAUCGCCCGCCAGAUUAUCGACCUGGUCGUCCUCCUGUCCGGCGCCGGCGCGGAAUGGGGGCUGGCCGGGGAGUUCGCGGCUAGGGUUUCGGAGCUGCUCUGCUCCCGCGCGCUGGGGUGGAGCCGGCGCCAGGUUUACGUGCUCCACUGCUUUGGAAUCCUUCUAAGCCACGGGACAACUGAUAUUUAUGCCUCGAUCAAAGAUCAACAUGCCCUUGUUGUUCAUCUUUUGGAUGGUCUUCAAUUGCCGAGCGAUGAUAUCCAGGGGGAGAUAUUAUUUGUGCUGUACAGGUUGUCGGUCCUCCAGCAGGAAUGCGGGGAUGGCGAAAAAAUUUCCUUUUGCUACCUGUACCCCAAGCUCAUACGUUUAUCGUUGGAUGUCCUCUUGAAGACCCAAAGUGAUGAUGUUCGCCUGAACUGUGUAGCACUUUUGUCGAUGCUGGUUCAGAGAGGGUUUCUCAGAGAUCCAUAUGAUGAUUAUAUGAGCAACUCGAGUUCUGUUGAAGCUGAUAGUCUCGUACAAGUCACAGAUGAUUUAUCAGAUAUCUCUUCCCUCUGCAUCUUAUUUUCAGAGGCCGUCAAAGGUCCAUUGCUUUCAUCAGAUGGCCAAGUCCAAAUCAGCACAUUAGAGUUAAUUACCUACUAUUUACAUGAACUAAAUUCAGUCAAGCAGUUUCAACUUUUGGUGGAAGCAAAUAUUGCAGAUUACGUAUUUGAAAUUCUCAGGCUAUCAGAAUGCAAGGAUCCUGUGGUCAGCUCUUGCCUUGGAGUUCUUGAUCUCCUGUCAAAUGCUGGACAAGCUUUUACACAGAGACUUGCAGUCGGCUUUGCUUCUCUAAUUCCUGUCUUUGCUUAUGUUGCUGAAGUGCCUUUUCAUCCCUGUCAGCUUCAGCUACUGAAGCUCAUCUUUAGUUGCAUUUCUAACUGCCCUGGUGUGGCAUCAACUUCACAAAGUGAACAAUUGGCUGUUAUUUUGGCAAGGAUGCUUAGAAGAUAUAAUGAUGGUGAAGCAGGCAUGCUUUCAGAAUCAUUCAUGCUGGUAUGCUCUAUCUUGAUGAGUAUGAUGAGUUUGCCAACUUCCCAUGAUGUCUCGAAUCUAACAACAUACAUUCAAGAGUCAACAAAAGAUGCCAUUUUAGCUUGUCUAAGUGCCACCGGAGAGCACACAGACCUGCUCCCGCACACCUUGCUUCUGCUGAAAGAGGCCUAUGCUUAUGGUUAUGAAGGUUACCCUGUCAACAACUCCAACAAGAAUGGAUUGCGACAUUGGGUCAUUGAUAUAUGUAGAAGAUGGCUACUGCCUUGGCUAUGGACAUCCAUCAAAGGGGAAGAGGAAGAGGAGGAGGAGACUGUUCUGUGCGUUCUUGAUAUUUUUCAUGCAAUACUUGUUCACAGCUCUGAUGACCAAACCAGUGAAUUCGCAGAGAACCUGAUCUGUAGUUCUUGGUUCACCUUCUCAUUUAGCUGUUUGGCUUUAUAUCCCACAGAGAGGGUGAAACACCGAAUUUAUUUGAUGAUGAGUUCACUAAUUGAAGUUCUACUUGGAAAUGAUUGUGGGCAGCACAUUAGGGAUGCUGUGUCUUACCUUCCCUCUGAUCCAAAUGAUUUGCUGUUUCUGCUAGGGCAACAGAGCUCCCAUGAUCUGCAAUUAUCCUUCUGUCAAUCUGUGGCCCUACAAAUUUUGUAUUGCAGUUCUUUGUUUGAUGAAAGGCUUGCAGCUGAUAAAAAAGUUUUAGCUUCCAUCGAACAAUUUAUCCUUGUAAAUGGGUGUGAUCUGACAGGCACAGCUAUGAGUUCAUCAACUGUCAUUCAACUAGUUGCUCUGUAUAGUCUGUAUAGGGGUCUUGCCAAGAUGAGCUACCAAAUGUCAUAUAGUCCAGAAGCUGAGAGGCUCUUCAUACAACUAGUCACCAAAAGAGAAUGGGAUCUGCUGUCUACUAGAAUUCACCCAAUGUCGCUUAAAUGGUUGUUUCAACAAGAGAGACUCUGUGAAUCACUGUCUUGUCAGAUCUUGAAUUUCUGCAGAAUUAGUCCCACAUCUGACUAUGCAUUAAUUGUCCAUGGGAAAAAGGGUCGUGGUCUGGAUGUGCAGUUGAUUGCAGAAUUGGUGGCAGCAGAAGACAAUUAUGCCGCAAGACUUUUUGUAUACAUAUUUGAAGAGGUUGUUAAGGAAAAUAAUCAAGAGAAUGACUUGACUUCUGUGUUGAGGCUUAUGGAAGAUGUCAUACGUAUCUUUCCCGAGGCUUCUAACAAAUUUUGCUUGAAUGGAAUAGCAAAGGCAAUUCACAUCUUCUAUAAUGAUUCAAGCCCUUCCUCACAGGUGUACACAGCCGUAGCAAUUUUCAUUUUCAACAUAUUGAGUUCGGUUGACUCAGAUGCUCUUGCUGAUGAUGAAGCUUGGGCUGCAGUUGCCAUGAAGUUGAUGGAACACUUGAUUUACUCGGGUGACAUAGGAAAGUCCUCUACUUGUUGCUUGAUUCUUGGCAUUUUGUGCUUGGUUUUACGCCACUCAACAAAUGGAGCACUAGUGGAGGCUUCAAAAACUGUUCUUCUCAACACUUCGUUGGCAUCAACCUUGUCCAGUGCUAUUCAUGCGGUCUCUCCAGAUGGACCAGCAAUGUAUAACAUUGAUGAGGGAACAGAGGCCGGAAAAACUUUAAUACAUGUGCUAUUAUUGCACUAUUUUGCUUUUAAAAGCAUGCACGCUGUGUUACCGAGUGCAGGGGACUGGGAUAAUCUGAUUGGUCAAUCAACAUGCAUUGAGUCACCUCCUUUCUUAAGCAUCAAGUGCCAUGACUUGUGCAGGCUGAUGCAUUUCGGACCUCCUCUUGUCAAGCUCAUCACUUCAUAUUGUCUAUUGGAAUUGUUUAUUAGGUUAUCCGAACAGAAAGAGAGCAAGCAUGAGGACCAAAAAUGCACGAAUAAAUACUGGAUGUCACUGAUGGCUCUAUUGGAAGGCUUACUUUUGUACAAUGAUACCAGAGUGGCGAUAAACAGUAGCCUUUGCCUCGCAAUGAUCUUGAAGUGGGAAAUGCAGGAAGUAGCAGAAAUAUUCAACAGGAGAAGUAUGUGGUGCAGAUUGAUUUUGGAAGAGUUGGUGAUAUCUCUGGCAGCUCCGUCUUUAUCCUCUAAAUCUUCCACUAAUCAUCACAAGGCUGCUGUCAUUGUAGCUGUAGCACUGCUGAAGCUACCUAAAGUUCCAGAAUGGAUGCGGUCUGUGUUUAGUGAUACCUUCUUGACUGGUAUGCUGGGAAACCUCACAGGCAGUAAUUUGAGUGCAGAGAUUUUCCUCCUAUUGCGUGAGCUGUUGAACUCUCAGCUCCUGGGUGCUGAUCAUGUGGCUAACCUAAACAGGCUGCUUCAGGAAUCCAGGACUCACGCUUAUCGCGAAAAUAUGAAAGAUGAAAGCAAAGAGAAAUGUCCGAAGAAGGUUAUCGCCGUUGACGAUGACAUGGGAAUGACUAUCAAUCUUCUCAUUGAUCUGAUUACAUCUGAUUCACAACGAGCAGAGGUUUAUGGAGGACUUCAAAUGGGCAACAAGAGAUUGCUGGACGAGAUAGAAAUGUUUCAGGUCAACAGCAGCGGAUGAUGUUACGAGAAACUCAUAGAGAUCCGAUGGUACUGUGGUAUCAUAUUUUCAAUCGACAAAGAUACUACACUAGAAGUUUCAAAUGAAAUCACACCAACAUAUAAAGUCAUUAAACAUCUAAAUUACAAAAAUUCCUUUGAAAUAAAACCUUAGGAGAUACAUAAACAUUUAGCGACCGGAGGAUGAGUAUCAAUAUUCUCAAUGAAGGGGCAACUAUCUUGUUCAGCCAAACCAUCGUCAAAGAGCAUACCACGCAAUUCUGGAUAUGCGUGAAUGUUUUUUUUAUCAUUUAUUUUUGGUCCCUCACUUUUUUGUCUUUUUUU